CUCCCCCUGACCCAUUAAGGUACAAUGUAGCCCUAUAAACUUAAACAAAUGCCGGAGACAUGAUUCCCAUCUGCUCUGGUUGGCACUCACUCAAUGAAAAUCUUGUUCGAUCUCAUUCUACAUCGCUACCACUACCACUACUAUCAAAAUCACCACCAUGAAGUUCUCUCUUGUUGCUGCUGCCGCCGGCCUCGUUGCCGGUGCCAACGCCGAGGUCCAGGACUCCGCUGUCUGGUCUGGUGUCGUCAAUGCCAUGGUCAACACUAACUACGUCUCCGGCACCGUCGUUGUCCCUGCCAUCAACAAGACUGCGUCUCACGCCAACGAAUCUGCCACCAUCUGGGUUGGCAUUGACGGCUCCAACUGCACAAACGCCUUGCUCCAGACCGGCUUCUACCUCUUUGGCGAUGGCACCUACAAGGCCUGGUACCGGUGGCGACCCGACUAUGCCUCCGACUUUGAAACUGAUCUGCCCAUUGCCGCGGGCAACAAGAUCCGCAUGUCCGUCAAUGCCACCAAUGCCACCUCUGGCUAUGCCCUCAUCGAGAACCUUACCACAAAGAAGCAGGCCAAACACGCCUACAAGAAGGACCCCGCGGCUCUAUGCUUGAGCGAGGCGGCUUGGAUCGUCGAGGACCAGCUCCUUAACGGGAAGCAGGUACCCUUCCUCAACUAUGGCAACUUUACCUUUACCGAUGUCAAGGUCAAGAGCUCCAAGGGCAAUGUAGAUGCCACUGGCGGCGACGAUGAGAUUCUUGUCACCAAUGAUGGCAAGGUCAAGAAGAGUGCUUGUGAUAACAACGGCAGCACUAUUUUCUGCAAGUGGUUUAGCAAGGGCUACUAAUCAGAGAAAGGCUAGACCUUGUCAUUUUCUCUUUUUUUUAACUUUUUAAAAAUAGACGCAUGAUAGAUUUGCUUAGAUAUUUGUAACAAAAGAAAUACAGUGCCC